CCUGACCUAAUACUCAUACAUCUCUUGCGGAGUCUUGACAGCUCGACAUGUUCCUAUUACGGCCACAAUAUCCAAUUCUGAGGUGAAUCCAUUAUGACUAUAAUUACGCGCUUCCUUCUCGGCGCAUUGCUGGGAUUCGUUUAUAUUGCGACCGCAAGCAACAGUCUUAAAGAAGGCAUAUUACCCUCGUACCACUAUGGCGCACCCAUCGCCGUCGAAUGCAUGAAUAGGAGCGUAGAGACGGGCGAACAUAUCCAAGAUGCCAAAAAUGAGAUCCAAUGGAUUCCAUUUCCUGUAUGCAACGAAACCGGGAAACCUCUCGAGUUCGGCUACGGCGUCGAGAGCGAGUUGAAUUGCACCAUACCUAUGAUAGACGAUCCAUUCUUCCACCUGCUCGAAUUUUACAUCCAUAGCGACGCUCCUCUUGCCUGCCGCUUGCCCGCUCGACCGCCCGCCCACAUUGAAAUGGUGGGCGAGAAGCCCUACCAGCAAGAAUACAUACCACUAGUUUUCGCCCUGGCUGGCACAUUACAGUUGAGCCAUCUGCACAUCAGCACCCAUUUAAACAUUUUACUCCACAGCACGCCGAAGCAUCAUAUCCACCCCCACGACAGCGGGGUCCUAGACAGUGGCGCUGCUUACAGCACCAGCCCCCUUAGUCAUAUGGAUGGUAGCUUUACCAAACGAUUAGUUAUUGGCGACCCCUUACCCCUGAGCUUCAGCGUGAGGUGGUUUCCCACCCCUGCCCUGCCCAAGACAGAGGGUAAAGUUGAGUGGCAAGGCAUGGGCGGCCACAUUUACGCCAGCACCGUCUUUUACGCACUUGUAUCUUUCAUCGCCGGCAUUCUAGUCUCCGGCGUCUACUUCUUCGGCAUCAUUCUGCCCAAGAGAUUGAAGGGUCGGGGCCUUGGUGGUGCCACGCCGUUGGGUUAUGGCAUGAAUGGCGUAGGAAACGGUUGGGGUUACUCUAAACGGGUGGAUUAAAUGUCUGAGAUACCAUGUAGGGUGGCUAUCUAUCUGUAAGGCUUUUGUAAAUAUUACGGAGGUGGUGAGGAAUCGUCCAUGGAUAUGUGAUGUGUCAUUAUGAGCCCCCGGUGUUAUCAGCUGUACCAACACAAGGUAGCAAGAACUAAUACCAGUGACCGACCUCUAAAUGAGGGCAGGUAUGCAGGUAGUUACAAUUAAUAAAGCCAAAAACAUAAACGUAAACAUUAGUUACUGUCUUUUCUUCCCGG